AGGCAAGCCCGGACACACACCAACCGAUCGGUGGACAAGGCGAUGCAACGAUCGCUUCUCCGACUCAGACAACCGGCUGACCGGACAAACUGUGGAGCCGUGGACGUUUUGAGAGCAGCGGCCACACGUCCACACCGCGACGUGAAUAUUUGACUCGCGUCACCCGGCUGCUUUUUUUUUUUUUUUCAGCUGUUUUCUUUUUCCUUAAAAUAGGCAUCAUCCUCAUCACCAGGCUACCUGUCAGUGCAAUCUGUCACGAAGGGUGUUAUCGCCGCAGGUUGCGGGACAUGACAAUGACUCUGGAGGAUGAGCUGACAACAGCUGCAGCGAAGGGGAACACGGCAGAUGUGGAGGAUCUUCUGCGGAAAGGAGCUCAAGUUAACGGGCUCAAUCAUUUCGGACGAUCCGCAAUACAGGUGAUGAUGAUGGGCAGCACGCCGGUGGCACGGCUGUUACUUACGCACGGAGCGAAUCCCAACGUGGCGGACCGCAGCACCGCGCACACCCCGCUGCACGACGCGGCCAGGAUGGGCUUCCUGGACACCGUGAAGCUGCUGGUGGAGUUCAAAGCAAACCCGCAGGCCAGGGACAAGGACAACCUUCGGCCUAGAGAUUUGGCCCGUAAAGACGGCCAUACAAAUGUGGUUGAUUUUCUGGAUUCUCUGGAAUAAUCUCCCGGACGCUGUGAUAUUUAAUCCCCUGCUGCUUGUUCUGAAUGUGGACUCAGAGUUCAGAGAAACGAGGCCCGGAGAGGCCUGCAGCCUAAAUUAUGCAUACAGACUGUUUUUGCUGUUAUAUCAGCUUUAUUUAUUUAUUGGCUGGCCUUAUUUUAGGAAUAGCAAUCUUAAUAUUAAUGUUAACGAAAUCGGGACCUAUCUAUAAGCACUGUUAGGACAAAUAGGCCGUACACCAUUUUUUUUAACUUCCGCUGUAUCAUAGAAAAAAUCCGAUAAGCUCCCAAGGAACAUCUACAGUUUUAAUGUGAUUUUUUUUUUUUAAAGUUAGAAAUCUUAUGGUUUCUGAUAAGAUUAGUCAUAUUUUUCAGUGACAAAUAUAGCCAACGCAAUAGCCAUAACAAAUGUUUUGCACUUGAGCGUCCAAUUGAUGCACUUUUUCCUCAUUGCUGUCUUUGAUUCUGCAGGGUCUUAAAGUCUCAUUUCCUAUUUGUACAAAAGAUUUUCAGAUCUGAGAUAAAAUGUAAUUUAUUCAAACGUAAGACAAGGCGUUUUUAGUAUUAUGUUUGUUUUUGCUUUACAUAGUUGACGAACCAUAAUUGGUACAGGAAAAAUAAAUACUUCAAGAAAUCUA